UCUGGAAACCAAGAAGAAGCUCCCAGCAUUUUUCUUUUCUUCGUUUCAUUAACCAUGAAACACGUGGAAUGAGAAGGAAUAAGGGCAAUUCAAAUUAAGCUAAAUGCGCUUAUGGACUAAAGGGACAUUUAUCAACCCUUCCACCGGCACUGCAAGGUAACAGUGAAAUCAAAGGAAAAUGGUUUCUCGUUAUUUUGCAUUGACACUGCUAUUCACGGCGGAUAUAUGCAUGACAAGAAUACAGCGAGACAUCCCAGUAGGUCUUCUUUUGGAAAGCAAAAAUGUAGAAAUUUACCAAGCAUACCAAUUUAAAUUUGACGAAGAGAACCGAAGAGCAAAGGAAAGCAAAGUGAAUUCCGAUGAUGGACAUAAAUUCACCCUCAACAGGAUAGCGGAAGAUUAUAUUGAUAUAAGCAGCAACUAUGACUACAAUCAUACAUUCUGUAACCAGAUGGCUGCCGGAGUGGCAGUGAUAUUUGGUCUGUACAGUACAUCCACGGCCGACUUCGUCACCUCCAGUACUUCCAUGUAUCACAUGCCCUUCAUAUCAACCAGCCCCCCAGAGCUGUUCCGUCCCCCGAGUGAAUUCAUGAUCCACCUCCAGCCGCGAUAUGAGGACGCCUUGGCAGAUUAUAUGAUCCGUAAAGAGUGGAAAGAGGCCAUUUAUAUGUACAGAACAAACGAAGCUCUUGCCAGACUUUACCACAUCAUAGGGGCAAUCAACAGAGGGCACGCCUACAUCGUGGUCAUCUUUAAGCAUGUCACAGACGUGUUGGACGCUCUGGCGGCGCUUGCGCAAUACGACAAGGAUUAUCCGCACUUGGACACUACCAAAAAUAUCAUCAUCGACCUAUCAGUUGACGAGACCAACACUCUCUUAACAAGGAGGUUUAAAGAAGUUCCUCAAUAUCGACUAAAGUACAAUUAUUUGAUAGCGGGAUUGCAAAUAAACGAGUUGGACUUUUCGGAAUUUCCAAAUGGUGGCAUUAACAUCACCGGGUUCCACUUGACGGAAUCGCAUUCACCAAAGAUGGAGAAAGUUCUUAACGAAUGGAAAGGGCGAUUCGUUUCCAGUCGUAAAUCUCUGAUUUCUCAUCAGUUAGCGCUAGCUAUGGACGCUGUGGACGUUUUUACACAAGCUAUGCACAACCUCACAGAACAGCAAGAGAAAAUGUUUAACAAUGGGUCGUUCCGUCUGUCAUGUGCACUAUGGCCAAGUAAACCGACACCAUGGCCUCUAGGGAAGAUGAUCACACAGGCUAUCCGACGUGUUGGAUUGCAUGGCCUAGAAGGACUUACGGGAAAAAUUGUGUUUGACGACCGAGGAUUUCGAACAAACUUUACCCUGCAACUGACGUCUACGACUAUAGAUCAUGGACUUGCGAAAGUAGGAACGUGGACACCGAAUCCCAGAGCAAACCGGCCACGCUUGUCGUUUUUUGAAAAGCCCAAAGACAGCUCAGGGUUGAGAGAUAACACCGUCCGCAACAAGACGUACUUGAUAACGUCCAUAGAGAGCGCCCCCUUUAUGAUGGUCCGCACCGACCCGAAACCGGGCGGCGGCAACUGGACUGGUAACGACCGCUACGUGGGGUUCUGUAAAGACAUUGCUGAUAAGCUAGCUCAGAGCUUGGGGAUUAACUACACAAUCAACCUGGUGGGAGACAAGAAUUAUGGCGGCUACGACCCGGAGAAUCACACCCACCCCUGGGAUGGAAUGGUGGCGGAACUGAUCAAUGGGGUAGCAGAUCUAGCCAUCGCCGAUCUCUCCAUUACUUUAGACCGAGAAAAGUUCAUCGACUUCUCAAAACCCUUCAUGAACCUGGGGAUCAGUAUCAUGAUUAAAAAACCCGAGGAAAUCGUCCCGAAUAUUUUCUCUUUUAUGGACCCUCUAUCGGAUAAAAUCUGGAUGUGCAUCACGUUUGCCUAUCUCGCGGUAAGCGUGGUCCUCUUCCUCGUGACCCGGUUCAGCGCCAGUGAGUGGGUAGUGGAGGAAAAUGAGGAGGACAACGGGGACCCCGAAGUCCACAAUGACUUCAACUUCAUCAACAGUCUGUGGUUUUCACUGGCAGCCUUUAUGCAGCAAGGCUGCGAACUGUGCCCAAAAUCGAUUUCCGGGCGCAUCGUCGGCUCUGUCUGGUGGUUCUUUACCCUGAUCAUCAUCUCUUCCUACACGGCCAACUUAGCAGCUUUCCUGACCGUCUCUAGGAUGAACAGCCCUAUCCAGUCAGCAGACGACCUCGCCAAACAGACAGAUAUCGCAUACGGCUGCAUUGUUUCAGGAAGCACAAAGAAGUUCUUUCAGGAUUCUAAGAUCAGCACCUUCGAGCGCAUGUGGGCUUACAUGAGCAGUGCGGACAACAACGUCUUCGUGAAGUCCAACAAAGAGGGGGUGGAGAAAGUGAGGAAGUCCAACGGAAAGUACGCAUAUCUACUAGAGUCCACUGUCAACGAGUACCUGAACAACAGAUACCCUUGUGACACGAUGAAAGUGGGUAGUAACCUGGACUCCAAGGGUUAUGGUGUCGGAAUGCCUAAGGGAUCGCCACUAAGGGAUUCCGUGACUUUGGCGGUCCUGGAGCUUCUGGAGAAUGGUGAGAUUGAGAAGAGGCGAAGGUUUUGGUGGGAGGAGUCGGAGGGAGGCGGGGAAAAGCUUUGUCCCAAGGAAAACAGCGAUAAAAACGACCCAGCAUCGAGUGCUGCGCUGAGUAUCGUGAAGAUUGCUGGAAUAUUUUUAAUCCUGCUUGGUGGUAUGGGGCUGGCCUUAGUUCUGUCCAUCAUGGAGCUAUUCUACAGGACCAAACUUGAUGCUAUGUCUAACAAUAUUACAUUUUCUGAUGAAAUGAAGACUAAAGCACAAUUGUUAGUCCGAGGUAGACUUGAAAAGGAACCGGCCACGGACGCAUCCCCAGUUCAUAAAUCUGUCUCCACGUAUACAUAUUCCACCCCAUCGGCACAACUGAUCACUUUGGACGGUUACUCAGACGCUGGAAAUACUCACACCCAAGUUUGAAACAAAAAUUGCCGAAGUCCGUUGAAGGGGACGUUUAAUGUAACUCCUCUCUUCAGUUCAAUUACGCCAUUUCAAUGCGGUUCUUAUACUUACAGAGGAUGAAUUGAAUAUGUUUGGGUACAUUUUUAUUUGGGGUAUUUUUCACGUAUAGAGAAAACGUUUAAGCAUAUUAACCCAUUGAACGUUUAUAUUAAGACAUAUUAGGACACUGACCGACAUUUAGUUGGCUAAAUUUGGACAGGGUUUGAUUUAGUUUGAGCAGCAAUUCCAUCAAUAUCGAGGAUCAUAGGACACGUCCUCGGGUGAGAUUAAGACGUUUUUAUCGUAGAAUUUCGCACUUUCAGCAUUUCAUGUUUUUCACAUAAUAUAAUGUAUACACACACACAUGUAGA